AUGGAAGCUCGAUUGGAUAAGCUUGAAGCUCAGGGGGUGGAGUUGAGCCAUAAAUUGGAUGCACAGUCUCAGGCUACUGCGGAUUUCGUGGACAAAUUUAAGCUUCGGAUGGAAGCUGAGUUCUCCAGCUUAAAAAACGAGGUGAUGGAGGCUCUCGGACUCAACGAAUCUCCUCCUCUGGUUCCAGAUGAUGAAUUGAUCCCUGCCAGUGACUCAGGCACGACGAUCUUCGUUGGGAACUCGGAGCGGCGAUCUACGCUAACGAUUCAGAAGCGGCGAUCUACGCCAGAGAUUCAGAGGCGACAAUCUUCGCCGGAGAUUCAAAGGCGGCGAUCUUCGCGGGAGAUUCAGAAGCGGCGAUUAGAAACGGCGCUGAGUUUUUUCAUUGAUAUGCUUUGUAAUGGUGUUGAGCCAAAUGAAAUCACACCGUCUAAUGCCUUGAGAUCGUGUAUUGUAACGUGGGCUUUAGGAUUGGGAUCACAAGUUCAUUCUUUGAGCAUUAAGCUUGGGUAUAGUUCUAAUCCACUCAUAAAAAACUCACUUCUGUAUCUAUACUUGAAAGGUGGAUUGGUUAAGGAGGCGGGGAAGUUGUUUGAUGGAAUGGAAACGCGAAGUUUGGUUUUGUGGAAUGCUAUGAUGGUAGGAAUUGCCCAAUUGACAGAUCUAGCAGAGGAUGUUCUGUCAAGUCAUGGCUGUGGAAUAGAGGCACUCAACUUUUCUUGA